GCUUCAUCCAAUGUCAGGGGACAAAUGUGGGUCAAGUAAUGGGUGGUCCAUGCUAUCAUGCCACAGAUAGAGUUGAAAUGGACAAGUGGUCUAUUCGGGCCAUCAUCUUCUGCGAGCAGCACCACGGCACCAGCGUGAGCGAGACGACAGCUAAGAUCAACGACGCGUUUGGGCCGGACACCACGAACUAUCGCACCGUUUACAAUUGGUACAAACGCUUCGACAACGGUGAGAGGAGCUUCGAUAUACGCCGCGCCGUGGUCGACCAGUCAACUUCGAUGAAGCCGCUUUACGACGAGAGCUGAAG